AUGCAGCUCUCCGUCUUCGCCGUUGUUGCCUUUGCCGCCGUCGCGCUGGCCAACCCCCUCUCUGCUCCCAAGGCCGCCAUCCGCGCCAGGCAGCAACCUCCCACCAACCCCAACGCCAUCGUGAGCGGCCCCGCUGUCAACCAGCCCGCCAUGACUGACCGCAACGGCAACGUCAUCAACUUCGACAGCACCAAGGUUUACCUCGCCGCCAAGGAAGCCGGUCUCUAA